AUGGUUCGAUACGAGAAGGACUACUUGCCCGUAAACUCAGAAGAUAGCCUGUCUUCAAAUUCGAGUGACGGUGAAUAUCCUGAUAUUCUAACCAGGUCGAGCCGAAGACAAAGCUGGUCUACCUACGCUUUUCACGGCGUUCUAAUCAGCAUCUACACGACUAUUUUUAUCUUUUCAACUUUUCACUCACAGCUCAAACCGUCUAUAUUCGGACUGGUAGACUCCCCCGCCAAUGUAAUCGGAGACGAAAGUCAUUUGGAAAUAUUCCCCAUCCAAGGACCACCCCAUGGAAAGUACACCGGCGAGCCAAGAGCAGAGGUAGACAAGGCAUGGAAGGAUCUACUACAGUACAACAAUAUUCGAGUUUCCGACGACUGGGUAGAACGUUGGGGUCGGAAACAUGAAGCUGUGAAGCUGCCAGAUGGGGGAUAUCUAGGCAUGCUCAGUGUAUUCCAUGAGCUACACUGCAUCAAACGUCUCUACCAGAGUCUAACCCCGGAGUACUAUUUCCCCAACGCCACUGAGAAGGAGCUUGGAAUAAACCGCGAGCAUAAUCAACACUGCCUAGAAGUACUGCGGAUGGGCGCCACCUGCCGAGGCGACGUGUCCAUUAUCACCCACAUGUGGACUGAUAUUGAUGCACAACCCAUUGUGAAUCAAACAGCGCCGCAUCAAUGCGUUGACUUUUCCAGGGUGAUGGAUUACUCUCGCCGGGAGUCAGUGGAUGUAUAUCAAGAGAACUACAUUGUUCAUCCGAAAUUCGGCCCAUCAUUUCCGCAUGGACACAGCAUCAAACCGUUCAAAGAACAAGAGAAAAUGGAGUAA